AUGGAAAAUGAGAUGGAAGAGAAGUUUGAAGAUUGGAGAGGAAAAGAGACAAUUCCUGGCAAACAUGGUGGGAUUAGACCUGCCUCGAUUGCUUGUGUUGUGGAGAUGCUACAUAUGAUGGUGUCCAUAACUAUUGGAAACAACAUGGUCUUAUAUUUCAUGAAAGCAAUGCAUUACUCAUCAGCCGAAGCAGCAAAUAUGGUGACAAAUUUCAUUGGAACGUCGUAUAUACUCACCCUCUUCGGUGGUUUCGUGGCGGACUCUUUCCUCACUCGCUCCACUACUUUCAUAAUAUUCUGUUUCAUUGAAAUCAUGGGUUUGUUUGUGUUGACAUUUCAAGCUCAUAACCCUAGUCUACAACCCGAUGGAAAUAAAUCGCCUUCGACUCUUCAAUCAACAGUUCUUUACACGGGAGUUUAUGCGAUCGCUAUUGGUUCGGGGGGUACUAGGCCCUCUUUGCUUGCCCAUGGAGGCGAUCAGUUUGAUAGUAGACACCAGAGUCUCAUCUCAAAGUUCUUCAAUUGGUACUACUUUUCUAUAUGCUUUGGAUGGCUCAUGGCCGUAACCAUUAUGGCAUGGAUCAAAGAUAUUUUCAAUAUUUCAAUCUUGCUUCUAGCAAUUGCACUAUGUAUUUUCGCAGCAGGAUUACAAUUGUAUCGACUAAAACUUCCUAGUGGGAGUCCCUUGACAAGGAUUGCAAACGUGUUUAUCUCUGCUGCAAGAAACCUAAAUGGGUCUAUUUUGGAUGUUGAGAUGAUGCAAAGUCUUACAUCUACUGACAACAACAACAACAACAUUCAUCACAACAAGUUAAAGUUUUUAGAUAAAGCAUUGUUGAACAAAAACAUUUCUGCAACACAGGUUGAAGAAACAAGAACAUUUCUCGGUCUCCUACCAAUCUUUGGAAGCACGAUAGCCAUGAACUGUUGCGUGGCGCAACUAUUGACAUUCACCGUGCAACAAGGCAUGACCAUGGAUAGAAAAAUCUCUCCUUCAUUUGAGAUCCCCGUAUCUUCCCUCAGUGUCAUCUCUAUCAUCUUCAUUCUCACUCUCAUACCCUUAUACGAACUCUUCAGCCAAAGGAUCAACAAAACAUCAAGCUUCGCUUUGAAACGCAUUGGACUAGGUCUGGCUCUAUCUUCUGUUUCAAUGGCGGUCGCAGCCAUUGUGGAAGCCAAAAGAAAAUACCAGGCGGUUCACAACGACUUCAAGAUAUCGGUUUUCUGGCUACUGUUUCAGUAUCUCAUGCUAAAUGUUUCGGAUAUAGUGACAUUGGGAGGGAUGCAAGAGUUUUUCUAUAGAGAAGCUCCAGCGAGCAUGAGGAGCAUAAGCAUAGCUUUGGGGUGGUGCUCCACUGGAAUGGGUUUCUUCCUUAGCUCACUUCUUGUGGAGGUCACCAAUGCCAUCACAGGAAGGCUUGCCCAUCAAUGGUUGGGUGGGGAAGAUCUCAACAAGUCCAGACUUGAACUGUUUUAUGUGCUUUUGUGUGUUGUAAAUACUCUAAAUAUUCUCAACUAUGUUUUUUGGGCAAAAAAAUAUUGA